UGAAAGGGGGGACUUGGAGUUGCUGAGGCCCCUUGAGUGCCAGCACGAUGGUUUGAAGCGGUGGCAACGCGCACGCCCGGGAAAACAGAUAUGAAGCACUGUGCCCUGUAGUCUUUAUUUUGCUGGUUCUCACCACUGGAGGAUGGCUGCUGUACCCUGUGAAAAUUGUUCUGGUUGGUACCACUAUACACAAGUCAACCAACCUCUUGAAAUCAGCUGCAUGUUGCUCCUUAUUAUGCUUGGAAAAGUGUUCCUUGAUCUCUUCAUAUUGCAGGUUAAACAGAAAAAUGUGAAAGUUAGUUUUAUGGGAUACUUUUGUGUUUCACUAGCGCUUCUUGAUUUCACACUGCUGAUGAGCAUAGCUUUCAUUUUGUAUUUUGAGGACUUUGCACUUUGGGGUGUAAGAUUUACCGAAUACCACAUCUGUCUGUUCACUCAGGUAAUUUCUCUUACGUAUGGUAUUUUGCAUUACCCAGUGUAUCUUGUGGCUGUUCUGGAUUAUUAUGUGACUAUAGCCCGAACCUCUCUCUUUCCUAAAAGAGGUCAAAGAUUAUUUUAUGUAUUUGUUGUGGUUUUUAUAUGGAUUUCAGGGUUUUCUUGUAUUCUGAAAGUUCCUGCUAUCUCUGAAGAACUAGAACGUCAGAAACACUUUUCUCCUUAUCAGUGUCCUUUCUAUGUCAGUGUGCAGAGCUACUCAGUCUCAUUUGCCAUGCUGCUUCUCAUAGGCAUGGCUCUUGUGGCUUGCUGGAAGGAAGUUUUAAUGAUGCUACUGUCUGUCAGGAUAGUUUCCUUUGCCAGUCAGCCUGUUCUGAUGUUCUCAUAUGCAUCUGAAAACAACGGCACUUGCUGUAGGCGGCAGCUUCUGACCAGACUUCUCAUCUGUUUUCUUGGCACUUGGGCACCUUUUGUUCUUCUUCAAAUUAUCAUUUUGUCUCUUGGUGCUCAGAUUCCAGCCUACAUGGAGAUGAAUGUCCCCUGGCUAUACUUCAUCAACAGCUUCCUUAUUGCAGUAGCAUACUGGUUUCGAUGUCAUGAUGUUGAAUUGACAGAGGAGAUAUGGUCUACAGAUCCAUUUGUCAGCUGGAAAUUCUGCUUUACGCCAUUUAACAAUGAAAAUACAGAGCCAGCUGAAAAGCCAGGCACAGUAAUUGUAAUCUGUUAACGAGCUGCUGACUGAAAAGACUGCAAAUAAGUGCUGUACAACAGAAGUGUGUUUAGUGCUCUGACAUUCCAUGUCCUUCUGGAUAGUACAAAGAAACGCUCCUGAGCUACAAUCUCUGGAAAGAAGUCUAACAUUCACCAAUAUUGUAAUGAAUAUCCCACCAUAAUGCAGGACACUGCACAUUUCCUCACUAGUUCUUGCACUGGAGGUGCUUGCUGCACACUACAGAAUUAAAGUCUGGAUUUAAGACCCUGCUCUUAAAAAACAAGUUUUCAGCUGAAUUUUGUUUCUUACUGGUCUCUGACGCUUGCUUUAAACAGAGUAAUCUCAGGUUUUAUAGUAUACAAUGCAAUAAAGUUUUCUAGACUGGAGACCUUAUCAGUUAUGUUUACGUGUUACCUACUGUCAAAGGCUCAAGCAAGUUCUGUGGCUUGCACUUUCUUGUUAAAGUGUGACUUUUCUCAGUUUGAUUUAAAUUAAGUUUUCUUGUCUGUUUUAAGGGGGAUACCUUGUUUUAGUUAAUGUAAAGCUACAACUCCUGCAAAAAUAAAUGCAAACUUUGUUUA